GUGUUCGAACACUUUCAUGAACGUAUAUUACACUUUAAAACGCUUAGUUCCAUUUAUCACGAUGACGUAGGAAUUUCAACAAUCAACCGGUACAUUCCGCUGUGCGUGCAGUUCGCGCUACUCCCAAUUUCUUUUUACACAAUUCGUAGCGAUUUCGAAAGCGUUCAAACGUGCUACUUGUCAAUCGAUGCCAUUUAUUAUUUUCCAAACAAUCGUUCUUCAGUACGAAUAAAAACCUUCCCGCGAAACGUUCCAAACGAACCAAAACAGUUUUUCAAGUACGAAAUGGAAAGUUUCCUGAAUUGAUUCGAGUGGCAACUAAAUCGAUCGACAAAAUGAAAUAUUUCAAGCAGAGCUUCUUCUUCUUCUUCUUCUUAUUCGUUCUGUAUGAUCUCGUGAUCGGUUCUCUAACCGAGGAGAUAACGUUGAACGUCAACUUGAAAGAACCCAUCGCUGUAACCGAUGAGAAGUUCCUCAGUCUUACCAUUGAUCCAGUAACCCUAUUAGCCGGGAAUGCGCUAAGCACGGAUUUCGAGAGAAGCAUAAACAUGGCUAAAGCCUUAGGUCCUGCAUAUUUACGAUUCGCCGGACCAUAUUCUCUUCCCUACUUUGGCGAUAAGAAUUCUCAGGACAAAGAGGAUAACAGAAAAACAAUACUAUCUGAGUCAGACUGGGUUGCAGCCCAUCAGUGGGCAGGAAAGGCAGGAUUGGAUGUGAUCGACUGCAUUUCGCCAGACAUUCGACAAAAGGAAUCGAAGGAAUCCGAAGAUCCGGAAGAAAUAAUUUCUUUUAGCGACCAUAUGCAUUUUAACGCCAGCUGGCAACUAGGAUAUGAAUGCCAAAUUAGAUGCGAUCUAUCAGCCGAUGAUUUAGGAAGGCAGACGAUGACUUUGCGAAAAGUACUCAACGAAUUUCCUAGAUAUUCGAACAGUAUCGUUACUGGCCCCGAUGUCGUGGCUUAUAACACCGAUAAACAACGAAAAUAUCUUCGAGAUUACUUCAGCGUCGCCGCGCCUGCACUUUCGGCGAUCACCUGGCAUCCCGUGUUUGCCAGCAUCACUUUGGGGAAUGGAGGAGCUUUCAUACAUCAGGAUAAUUUAGAGCAGGAUAAAGAAGAGAUGUUCAGAGUUAUAGGUCGUUUCAUACAGAAUAAACCAUUAUGGAUUGCCGAGUCCAAUCCAGAAGAAUGCAAAAAUUUAUUCAUCGGAGCGCUCGUUCUGACAAGAAGACUAGGAAACGCGGCAAAGAUAAAUGUAAAGGUGUUCAUGAGGCAACCGAUAAACCUGACACGACCGACGCCAAAUUACUGGGUGUCAUUGCUUCACAAGACUCUCGUUGGACGAGAAGUAUUCGAUGCAAAGAUUCAAACCAGCAACGAGAAUCACGUCUACCUGUAUUGCCAAUGCGCGAAAGCCUCGAAUAAAUACGAGAAAGGAUCUAUCGUGAUCUUUGGCGUGAAUUUAAGUCCUGAAGAUGUCACGAUUAAUUUCCAAGCAGCCAAAAUUACCACUGUUCACGAAUACGUUCUUUCGCCGGGUUUCGAUGCUGCUAACAGAAUGUUUGCCGAAACUAUUUUCUUAAACAAUAAAUUGCUGACUUUAACCAACGACACCGUUCCUGAGAUAUAUCCAAAUGUAUUGAACGAUACAAAAGGUGUGGAUCUUCGCCUGCAGUCGGGCGAUAUUGGUUUUUGGGUUGUUCCUAAUCUACAGGUAAAAUCUUGCAUGGAGAGCGACGUAACACAAAAGAAGGAAACUCUUGUAGAAAGAGAAAUUCUAGAAAACCUGGGAAAGGCGAAGGAUGUAAGAAUACGCGUGACCAAAUCUGUGAAAGAUCAAGCAACCAUAAAAAACGAAAAACAGAGACAGAGAAGUAACAUCGCAAUAUAUAAAUCGAAUAUAAAAAGGGAACUCAAAAGACUGAGGAGAUUCGUGAAAAAGAAAUUGGACGAUUACGAGAGUAGAUCGCUACUGAAUGUCAGAGGAUUAUCUAACGAGGAAACUAGCGAAAUCUCGAAGCAACCUGAAGAAAGCGUACAAGAUGGAUUACAAGAAUUCAAGGAACGUCUUUUGCGUUUCAAAAACCUACUGGAUUCGAGCGAUACGAAGAUUGGACUGAAAAAACCGAUAAGCGAUCUCAUCACAGACGCGAUUUCUCUAAUGUUGAAGGUACAGGAUACUCUAAGAAGCAUGAAGAGUAAAACCGGAAGUAACGAAAACCGAGUAAAAUCAUCUCGCAGCGUAAAAGAAUCUCUAAAUACAUUGUACGAUCGUUUGACUCGCACUAACUUGGACGAGUCGAUCGAUCCUCGAGAGAACAAGAUGGAUCAAGGAUCUAAAAGGACUAAGAGGGAUCUACUCGUCGAGAUUGGGGAAUCUGUGGACAGUCUUUUGCGAAAAGGACCCAGAGACGACGACGUCGAAGAACGUAAAUGUGAUUCAAAGAUUGGAUGGUUGAAGAAUAUUAAAAAAAAAACGCGACCGAGUCUCGUUCAAUUUGAAAGCGACGACAGUGGAGAAAGCACUUUACGCAAGAUUUUUAAUCCGGUGGAAGAUUUUUCAAACGACGAUGUAUUUUUUGAAGAUUCCUCUCUAAACAGAGACUAUGAUUACGUCUUCGCUGGAAACUCUCCUUUGAAUAAGGAUUGCUCGAGGAACGAUGAACAAAGAAAUCGAAAGAUCGAAGGAAAUUCUCGGAAGAAACCUUCGAAGAUGGAUUACCUGAACGAUCAUCUAUGGACUGAACUUGAUGACACUGAUGAUUAUCCUUUUUACGAUCCCAUAGAUUUCAUCGAAGACUCAAGGCCCUGGAAUGAUCCAAUGGAAGUAGCUUUGGAAGACUCUACCGAACUGUCGGAAGAGCAAAUCUACGAACCUUUGAAAAAUAAUGAGUUUGACAAUGAGGACGAAUCUAGAAUAAUAGGAAUUGAGUCAAACGAAGAUCACGAAGCUCAGGAUGACUAUUACGAACCAAAUAAUUUUCCAAGGAACCAUAGACUCGUAUAUGGCCCUUUGACCGAACCUGAUGCAUUUAUUAUGAAAACCUAUGGGUCUGGAAAAAAUAACAGAGCUGGUAAUGAGAAGGAGUUUAGGGUCGUAGGAAGCCAAUCAAACAGAGUUCAGAGAGUACAAGGCGAUAAAAGUAGAUUAAAAGGAACGGAUGAUUACUAUGAAUGUACUGAUUUUCCUAAAAACCAUAGACCUACAUAUGGCCCUUUAAUCGUACCAGACGCAACCGUUCUUCGAUAUACUUUGACUAGACAGCCAUCCAAUAAAAGGAAGAAUUACGCAAAUGAAAAAGCUUCUUCUGAUUACUACUUAUGGUCUAUUCUGAAAGGAUUCGAUUUCCCGAUCGAGGCUGAUCAUCCUAGAAAUAAAAAACUUAAAAGGGAAAGCAAAGAUUUGCACGCUGUACUCGAUCAAGAAAUGAUUAACGAAGACGACGCGAACUCGAAAAAUUGCAACUGCAGAGUCAUCAGACACUCGAAAGGUCGAUCGAAGAGAGAAGCUAUCGAGUCAAUGGAAUCUGAAAUAGAACAAAUCCCAAUGGAGGCGAGCGUGGGUUUUAGAAAAGACAUAGUUAAAUCAGGUGUACGCGAGGAUGCAGACGUAGAGGUGUUCUCAGAAAUCAGAGAGGAGCUUUUAGAGAAAAUAAAAUCGCAAGCCGAACCUUCAAAGCCGAAGAUUGGUCGAGAUACAAAGACACCGUUACAAAUUGAAGCUAGCACAGAGCAUUUCAAUGCAAAUACAGCUUCAUCGAUCCUACGCGAUGAUUCGGACAAAGAAGAAUUUUCAGAAUUCAAAGACUCGCCUAUAGAAAAUGCAGAAUCGUCAAAUGAAUCUGCGAGCAAGAAAAUCGCACAAGAUAGAGAAGAGGCGUCAUCGGAAAUUGAGAAAGAGGAAAAUAUUGGGCCGAAGUUUGAGUCAAAUAUUCCCUCUCUGCAGAGCAGAUCAGAUCUUAAAUUUUAUUCUCAAAUCCUACCUACUGAUCAAUCGACAAUUUUAGACUCGAAAGAACAGACGAGCUCAACCGGAUCUUUGGAAACAUUGAAACACGACGAGAAAGUGUUUUUUCAUGGACAAUCCGAUAAAAAGAAUGAAGAGAACACAUCGACUUCUACUACAAGGUAUACUGCGGUUGAUCAAAGAUAUUCUACGCCCGAUCAAGGAUAUUCUACGCCCUUCGUCGUUGAAGAGUUUGCAAAGGAAAAGGGAGAAACUGAGGAGGCUGAAGAAGCUGAGACUCGGAAGGUAGAGAGUUUAAGCACGACAGUCAAGACGGCCACUUUAUCAGAGGAAACUAUCGAGGAAGAAUCUGAAAACAAUUACGAUAACGGCAACGCUGUCGGAGCAAGCUCGAAACGAGAGGUUAAACUGGAGCAAGUUCCCCAUGAAAAAGUGAGACUCGCAAACCGACCUCGCUUACCUAAACAAAGUAAGAAGCAAACGAAAUUAAAUGUUUCUAAGCCUCAAGAAUCUAAACUAUGGAAGAGAAUAAGAACACUGAAGGCGAUAAGGGAUCUGUUUCGUAAAUUGAAAGAGUCGGGCACUAUAUCUGUCCCAAGGUUGAGACCGUCUAAGUAUGAGGAGCAACGAAGAAAUCGAACGGAACGGCUUAAACAAUUACGAAAGAAAUUAAGUGACAAAGUACAAUUGACGUUAAAGAAAUACGAAAAAGGUGACGACGAUAUGGUAGAAAAGGAAAAGAGCGAACAGAAGAGAAGUCUGAGAAGGAGAGAGGUUUGGGAGACGGUCAGAACCAGCGAAGAUUUUGCAGAUAUGAUCGAUCGCGAGAGAUUAGCGUAUAUAUUAAUGUACCCGCCAAUGAAACACGAUUUGAAAAGAGAAGCCAGUACGAGCGACGAGGUGGAAACGAUAGAAGUACCAGUAACUGAGAUUAUCAGAGCGAAAAAUGUCAGACAAAGAGUUUUUACUCCCGAUAAUCGAAGAAACUUUCGCGACACUACGAUUAUAGAACAUCCUAAUCCUGAUAAAUUAAAAGAGAAGAUCAUACAAUUGACUAAUUUAUAUCAGAGUAAAAUAUCAAGAGGAGGAAGAUCUGAUGAAAAUAAGGGGAAUGAUAAGGUUUAUUUUGCUCUGGUGGAAGACGUACAAAGACCACGAAUAUUUUAUUACGAGGAAGAUCCGGAAAAUGAAGGGAAGAGGAAUAUGCGGGCACUGUCGUCGCGUCCCUUCUACAAUAGCAAGUACAGGCACAAUCGACUGAUACAGAAACCUCACCGGGAAAGUCUUAAAGCCGCUCAAUAUACUAAGGAAGAAUCAGAUGAAUUCCCCGGGGGCAAAGAAAUAUACAUAAUCGAUCCCUCCGAGUACAAAGGAGGGCAUCCUUCGUUGCAGUUGUACAGUCCAUCGACGUCGAGAAUCAAUUCACGGGUAAAGAUCGCUCCGAAAAAUAAGUACGAAGUCAGUUGGGAUCCUAUCUCGAGCUCCGAGCCUUACAGAAUUCGUCAAACAACUGACAAACGCGAAGGAAGAAUGCCAAGUGAAAAUUCUCAAGAGCCGUCGAAGAGCGCUGAAAAACUUUUACAAAUUUUGAUCGAAAAUCUCGACUCGGAGACUACUGACAAACUUUUUAAGAAAUUAACAGGACGCAGUGUAGCGGACGAUAAAGGCGAACAUUUCACCAAUUCGAUUUCAAAAUCGAAAAAAGAAACCGGAAGAAGACAAUCAGAGGAAGAUGAGCAGCUCGAGAUAAUUUUUGAAAGCAAGGAGAAUUCUAAGGAAAGCGUGUCUAUGGAUGAUAAUACGCAAGGCGCCAAGAGACGGAGGAAAAACUAUCGAGAUGUUUCGCAAGAAAAACUAUCGAAAGAAAGUGUAGAAAAGGAUGAAGAGUCCGAAAAAAUUUCUGAAAGUAGGGAGAAUUCUAAGGAAAGUGUGUCUUUGGAUGAUGAUACACAAGGUAGCAGGAGACAGAGGGAAAACUAUCGAGAUGUUUCGGAAGAAAAUGUGGAAGAAGAUGAGAAAUUCCACAACAUUCCUGAAAGUAGGGAGAAUUCUAAGGAGAGUGUGUCUUUGGAUGAUAAUACACAAGGCAGCAGGAGACAGAGGGAAAACUAUCGGGAUGUUUCGGCAGAAAAUGUGGAAGAAGAUGAGAAGUUCGACAACAUUCCUGAAAGUAGAGAGAAUUCUAAGGAAAGUGUGUCUUUGGAUGAUAAUACACAAGGCAGCAGGAGACAGAGGGAAAACUAUCGAGAUGUUUCGGAAGAAAAACUAUCGGAAGAAAAUGUCGAUGAGGAUAAAGUAGACGAAGAGUUCGAAAAAGUUUCUGAAAGUAGAGAGGACUCUAAUCAAAGUAUAUCUUUGGAUGAUGAUACACAAGGCAGCGGGAGACAGAGGGGAAACUACGGAGAUGUUUCGAAGGAAAAACUGUCGGAAGAAAAUUUGGACGAAGGUAAAGAAAAUGAGGAGUUCGAAAAUAUUUCUGUAGGUAGAAAGAAUUCUAAGGAAAACGUGUCUUUGGACGAUGAUACACAAAACAGCAGAAGACAGGGGGAAAACUAUGAAGAUGUUUCGGAGGAAGAAAUACAAACUGAAAGAGAGGAUGUUUCUGAAACGCUGAUUCCUGAAGAAAAUGCCACAAACGCUAAUAUUUCUGAAGGAGAUUCAGAAGAAGAAGCAACGCACAUACGAAUACGGAGAAAUGCGAAUACUAGAUCAAAAGAAGAAUAUUUGAAGUCUGUGCCUUCGAUUUUAAUGCGUAAAAUAUCGAAAGCAAGCCAGAAGACUGAAUUGGAUAACUAUUUACAUGUAAAACAGAGUCCAGGAAAGAUCUCUGGUGAAAAUCCAUCUAAACUGAGAAUUGAAAAAGCGAAAGAACGUUUCAACGUAGUCCCUGAUAAAAAAUUCUACGGUAAAGCGGUAGCAAAUAUAAAGAAACAGAUUUAUUUAACGAAAAGAAGCAAUAACGAUGAAUUUAAAAAAUAUCGAUAUUUUCCUAAAAAUCUGAAAAUUACAAGUACUUUGCCAUCGAGGUCAUAUAAUUCCUUUACUAAGAAAAACUCUGUCGAUCCGUAUAGAAAACUAUUUGAAGACUACCAAAAUGAGUCAGACUUCAUAGAGAAAGGAUCAGAAUUAAGAAAAAACAAAAAACGUUCAGUCGAUGCUUCGUACAAGGAUGGAAAUGUAUCCAACGUGCAAGAACUUGACAAUGAAAAGAAAAAUGAAAGGAAUAAGAAAAGUAACAAGGAGGUGGAUUUAAAAGAGGAAUCACUUUCUAAUAAACGUGAAGUAUUAAUGGUGCUGCCGUGGGUAAAAAGGUUCAGCAGACCGCGGAGAGAAACGAUAGAUCAAGAGAAGAUCGGCAAGAAUAAUAAAGCGGAUAAGGUACAACCAUUUGUAUUGCAACAUCUAGACGGAUCCUACAACCCAAAGAACCCGAUAUCCGGUCAAAUCGAUGACGUCGAAAAAUCGCUGAUUCAGAAGAUACCACUUGAAAAAUUUACGGCAAAAGGGAAUAUUAACAGGAGGAAAAAUAUAAAAAGAAAUAAAAAAGACGAUGAUGGAUUGUCAUCGCUUCUACAGAAAAGCAUACCAAAGUUAGGGAACGUUGUGGUCAAUGGGUUAAAUAAAGCAGAGAAUUUUACUGGAUCGGUGGAACAGUUAAUUUUGAAUCUGGAUGAGAAGUAUAACAAAACGCUGAAAGACGAACCACGAGGCAAUUCUACAAUGUCAGUUGACCCUGAUCAGAGUAUUUUUCACAAUGCGAUAGUGAACGUGAAGAAGUUUUUUAUAUUACUUAAUGGUAUCACUAAUAUUCUUCGAGAUAUCCAUAAUCCGUAAUAAUAUAUUUUUUCAUUAUUAAACGCUACGUAAUUUAUAAGAUAUAUAUCCUGAUUUUCUAUCCACGCUAUUUUUGUAACUUAAUUUUUUAAUAUUUUAAUAUCUUUGAUCAAAUAAAGAUCAC